CGGCAGAAGGAAGAGGUGGAGCAGCAUCUGAAAGAAUCUAAAAGUGAAACUUAAAGCAAGUUUCUCUUCAAAAGUGCAUCAAACUGUGCUCAUCCAGCCUUUCUCAGCAGCACAGCAGAGCUUCUGUCCAACACUGAGUGCAGACAUGUCUGCUGCCAGCUGUCAUCUAUCGAAUGAUCAGUUUCUGUGCUCCAUCUGUCUGAAUGUCUUCACUGAUCCAGUCUCCACACCAUGUGGACACAACUUCUGCAAAAACUGCAUCAGUCAACACUGGGAUAUUAGUGAGAGGUUUGAGUGUCCCAUGUGUAAAAAGGUGUUCUACACAAAAACUGAGCUGCAAAUCAACACUUUCAUCUCUGAGAUGGUUUCUCAGUUCAGAUGUGAAGCUCAGCAGAAAGUCAACAGCAGCAGCUCAGAGCAACAAGCUGCCAAACCAGGAGAAGUUCCCUGUGACAUCUGCACUGGAAUCAAACUGAAGGCCCUGAAAUCCUGCCUGGUGUGUCUGGCCUCCUACUGUCAGACUCACCUGGAGCCUCAUCUGACAAUGAAAGGUCUGAAAAGACAUCAGCUGAUUGACCCUGAUGAGAACCUGGAAGGCAGGAUGUGUAUGAAGCAUGAUAAACCUCUGGAGCUGUUCUGUAAGACCGAUCAGACAUGUGUCUGCAUGCUCUGCUCUGUUAUAGACCACAAGACCCAUGAGUUUGCUCCUCUGAGAGAAGAAUAUGAAGGAAAGAAGGCAGAACUGGGGAAGACUGAAGCUGAAAUUCAACAAAUGAUCCAGAAGAGACGACUGAAGAUUCGAAAGAUCAAAAAGUCAGUGAAGAUGAGUACAGCUGCUGCAGACAGAGAGAAAGCAAAAGGUGUUCGGGUCUUCACUGCUCUGAGGAAGACUCUCAGGAGACGUAUGAACGAGCUCAUAAAGGAGAUGGAAGACAAACAGGAAACAACAGAGAAACAGGAUGAAGGUUUCAUCAAAGAUCUGGAACAGGAAAUCUCUGAGCUGAUGAAGAGAAGCUCUGAGGUGGAGCAGCUCUCACACUCUAAAGAUCACCUCCACCUCCUCCAAAGAUUCUCAUCCCUGAAAGCUGAUCUAGCCACCAAAGACUGGACAAAGGUCAGUAUCCAUCCACCAUCAUAUGAGGGAACUGUGGUGAGAGCUGUGGAUCAGCUGAAGGAGACACUCGGUAAAGACAUGAAGAAGCUGUUUGAGGCUGAGCUGAAGAGGGUCCAGCAGUAUGCAGUGGAUGUGACUCUUGAUCCUGAUACAGCACAUCCUAAUCUCAUCCUGUCUCGUAAUGGAAAACAAGUACAUUGUGGUGAUAGAAGGAAGAAACGUCCAGGCAACCCAGAGAGAUUUCUUGUGUUUCUUUGUGUUUUAGGAAAGCAGAGUUUCUCUUCAGGCAGAUUUUUCUUUAAGGUUCAGGUUAAAGAAAAGACCAGAUGGAUAUUAGGAGUGGUCAAAGAGUCAGUCAACAGGAAGAAAAAAAUCACACCGAGUCCUGAGAAAGGUUACUGGACUGUAUCAGUAUAUGAAAACAUUUGUGUUGCUCUUGAGGAUCCUGAAGUCCGUCUCCCGCUUCAGUCUGGUUUUGAGAAAGUGGGGGUGUUUGUGGAUUAUGAGGAAGGUCUGGUCUCCUUUUAUGAUGUAGAUCAUGCAGCUCUUAUCUACUCCUUUACUGGCUGCUCCUUCACUGGGAAACUCUACCCAUUCUUCUGUUCCGGUGUUAAUGAUGAUGAUGAUAACUCUGCACGUCUGAUCAUCUGUCCUGUCAAUCAGUCAGUCCGAUCUUUUUCCAUGAGGAAAUUUGAAUAAUUAGAGAUUCAUCUCAACAUUUAAGCCAACACAAAGAAGAAUGGUUGCCUUAAAUGGUUAGAUGUUGCAGAACAAGCUAAUAAGCUGACCUUUAUUUUAUUGUUUUGUUAAACUGCUUACACUGUUUACCCAAGAAGUCCAAUCUGACAAAGAAUAAACUCUCCUUUUCUCUUCUUUCAGUGUUUAAAGACAAAUAUACUGAUCGGUCAUUUUUGCUUAAAUCACUUGCACUACUUAGAAACGUGCAGACAUAAGAUUAAAGGAAUGUGAGGGGCCAGAUGUAGUUAACUGGCACCUGAUAUCAGUCAUGACCACUUCUUAGCUCAGUUCCUGCAAUACAAGCAGUUUUUCCCCAGCAGUUUUAACCAGUCAAAUAGAUGGUCAUUCUCAAAUAAAAAUUUGUGAAGUGCUAAGAGACGUUUCUCUCUUUUCGGUAGUUGGCCGCAGCUGAUUGCUCACAGACUGUGGCUUCCAUGUACAUGUUCAUAUCUGAUCACCCAAUGCUUUAAUAAAUAAUAAUUAUA